CGUUACUCCUCUUUUUUUUUUUCUCUUUGUUCUUCUACGGGACUUUUCGUGUCGCGCUUCAGCCUUUGGUUCCCAUUUCAAGUUUUCGCGCUAAAGUCCAUCUUCCAUUCUUCUCUGAAAUUCAACGCUUCUCUCGUUCCUUCUUCAAAUUCUCGAGCAAUUUCUGUUAGUUGUUUUCAUUGGACCCUUGGACAUUUAUGGUUAAUAUCCGACAACUGAAAUGAGAUGCAAUGCAUGCUGGCGAGAAUUAGAAGGGCGAGCGAUUUCCACAACCUGUGGUCACCUAUUAUGCACAGAUGAUGCGAAUAAGAUAUUAAGCAAUGAUGGAGCAUGUCCUAUAUGUGAUCAAGUCCUUUCUAAGAGUCUCAUGAAACCUGUGGAUGUCAAUCCCAAUGAUGAAUGGGUCAAUAUGGCCAUGGCAGGAGUAUCUCCACAGAUAUUAAUGAAAAGUGCAUAUAGAAGUGUGAUGUUCUACAUUGGGCAAAAAGAACUGGAGAUGCAGUUUAAGAUGAACAAGAUCGUUGCUCAAUGCCGGCAGAAAUGUGAGAUGAUGCAAGAGAAGUUUACAGAAAAACUAGAGCAGGUCCACACUGCUUACCAAAAGAUGGCUAAGAAGUGUCAGAUUAUGCAACAGGAAAUUGAGAGCUUAACCAAGGACAAUCAAGAACUUCAGGAAAAAUUUGCUGAAAAAUCCAGGCAGAAGAGAAAAUUGGAUGAAAUGUAUGACCAGCUGAGGAAUGAGUUUGACUCAGUGAAGCGAUCUGCCAUACAGCCUGCAAACAACUAUUAUUCCAGAAAUGAGCACGACUUGUUCUCUAACCCGCCAAACAUGAUUGAUGACAGAGAAAUUGGCAGAAAAGGUGGGCCGGUAUUCACUCCUGCCACUCCAGGACCAAGAGAUGAUGUCUGGCCAGCAAGGCAGAAUAGCAAUAACUCCGGUCCCUUUGAUCUCUCCGUUGUCUCACCGGCAAAACAAACGGCCAUCGCAGGGGACGCUGGUAACAGAAGGGCUGGUGCUCAUCCUUUUGGACCAGGUGCUACUAAUAAUCCAUCCAUGACUUUGAGGAACAUGAUACUAUCUCCAAUAAAGAGGCCUCAACUCUCACGUAACCGCCCUCAGUUAUUCACAUUGUAGGCUCAAAGGAGGCCAACCUUCUGUAAUACCAGAAAAACGAAUCUGGUGUUGGCACAAAUCAAUUUGUGGUCUGCAUAACGUGCUAUGAUAUUUUAAACUUCUCUCUCUAGUUCUGACCUUCAAACUCUUAUAGAUGUAGAGCUGCUAACAUGAACACUUUAUAUAUCAUGUAAGUUCCCUAGUUUCAAUCUGUAGAUGCAUAUUUUCCCAGCGUAUUAUGGUGUGAUUGGAGGACACUCAAAAGUGAAUACCCUUAAAACUAAGUAUGAAUCCGAAUGAAAGAGGGAGCCUUCUUUUUUGCCUUA